AUGACCAACCUUUGGUUUCGUUUUUCCUCCUCCAUGUUCUCAAUGCUUUGCUGUCUCGUGGUCUGCCCAACUUUGUGUCACACCAAUUUCACCAAAAAUGAUGAAUUGGCACUUCUUGCUUUCAAAUUUUCUGUGAGAGACCCGUUCAAUCACUUGGCCAAUUGGUCUAACUCUUCCUCCAUUUGUGAUUGGGUUGGGAUUACUUGUGAUGCUAAUGGUGAGAGAAUUAGUGUACUGAAUCUUGCUGACAUGAGUCUCAUAGGCACCUUGCCCUCACAAGUGGGGAAUUUGUCCUCCCUUGUUGAACUUGACCUUCAUAGUAACAACUUUCAUGGUGAGUUACCAAAGGAGUUGCAGCAGUUACACAAGUUGGAAAUUCUCACCCUGAGCUAUAAUGAAUUUGACGGAAAAAUUCCAGCUUGGAUUGGAAGUUUAUAUGCUCUUCAGCGCCUGAAUUUUCGUAAUAAUAGUUUGGGGGUGUUAUUCCCCACAAGUGUAUCGAAUUUGUCAAAGUUAGAGACAUUGGAUUGGACUUCUAAUUUUAUCCAUGGAUCCAUUCCACUUGAGGUUGGAAGGCUUCAACAUUUGAAGAUUUUACUUAUACAAGUGAACAAUCUUUCUGGAAAAAUACCUCCAACUAUUUCUAGCUUAUCCUAA